AUGGAUAGACGGCCCCAAGGAGAUCGGAUAGUGAUGUGGCACUGGAACGCUAACGGCUACCGGUGCCGCAAGGCAGUACUUCAACAGCACCUGCGGUCGCUUGAUCAGAAGGAGCUUCCCGACGUGAUAGCGAUCCAGGAAACACACGCUGAAGACCCCAAGAUCACCUCGCUGCCGGGUUACCGAGCGUACGCCCGCCCGCCGAGCGCCCGCACCUGUGGGAAAGGCGCCGCGCAGGGCGUGUGCACGUUUGUGAGGAAAGGUAUCACGAGCGUAGGCAAGGACGAAAUCCUAAACUACAAAGACUCCGCCAUCGAAGCCAACGUGACGGAAAUCAUCAUUGCGGGCAAGAAGGGAAGAGGCAAGAACAAGGCUUCGACCACGGUGUACAUAGCAAAUGUAUAUAGCAACCCACAGCACGGAAACCAAAGAUUCAAGACCCUGUUGCACAAGAUCCGCGACGCCGCCCACGGCUCUGGGGCCGCGGCGGUCGUCUGCGGGGACUUUAACGCACCGCACGAGGAACUAGGGUACACUCGCACAACGGUGAAGGGAAAGAGAUUACUGGAAGACGCCGAGGAAGCGAGCUUCGAGCUGCUCACCGACCCGGCACAACCAACGCGAAUCGGAACGUCGACAGCCAGAGACACCACGCCCGAUCUUUCGUUCGUGCAUCUGCCGCGAGGCGGGACUGCGCGAUGGAAGAACACGGGCUGGAAUCUCGGAAGCGACCACUACAUCGUCGAAGUCACGAUACCGCUCGCCCACGCUCGUGUGGUCGACGGAACGACCAAACGACGUCAGCUCCUCACCGAUUGGCACAAGUUCAGGGAAGCCGAUCUGGGCGAGGUGGACGACGUGGAGAGAUGGUCGGCGAGCCUUGUCUCCGCCGCCAAGGACGCCACGACCGAAGUCGAGGUACCGGAGGAAGCCGAUCGGGUGGACCCGCGCCUCGCCCAUCUCGUGGAGGCGAGGAGAUCGCUACAACGAAGAUGGAAAAGACAAAGGCACAACCGAACGCUGCGCAAACGCGUCGCGGCACUCGGGAAGGAAAUCGAGCGCUACAGCCGCCAACUGUGUGCCCAGCAAUGGUAUGCCAUGUGUAGCGAAGCGGAAGGCCAACUCCAUAGGGGAGGCACGUGGGCCCUCCUGCGCCACCUCAUGGACGAGACCAAGAGCAAGGAACAUCAACGACACCGCAUGUCGCAGAUCCUCCACGCCGCGGCCAACCAGCUAGGCGAAGCGGAGAUGCACAAGCGGCUAAACGACAAGUACCUCCCGGCCACAAACCACGUGGAGCAUCCGGAAUACGACGGCGCGCCCAACCCGCUGCUCGACCGCGAGAUCGAGGAGUGGGAGGUGCGCCAGGCAACGAACGCCCUGAACUGUCGCUCAGCCGCGGGACCGGACAAAGUGACAAACAAGGCUCUGCGUAACAUCAGCGACGCUGCAGUCUCGGCCCUGACGAAGUACUUCAACGCCUGCUGGACGAGCGGAAGCCUUCCCAAGCAGUGGAAGACGGCCAAGACGAUACUACUGCCCAAGCCCACAAGCCGCCGGGAAUAG